GUUUACGUCUACGUCAGUACGACUGGAUCAGUUUGCGUAAAAACCACUAUUUCACUGCUCAAAUUGUUAGAAAGCAUUGCUCAUUGGUCCGGUGGUCUGUUUUGAUUCUUGGACGGUCACGGACCUCUACCCCGACAUCGCGGUUGGUUGGGAAAACUGCAGUUAUGCUGACUCGAGCAAGAAAACGGGCUCAAACGUCCCUUGCUCCACUUCCGCCUAAGAAGGGCACAGUCGAGGAACCGCCGCCGCCCCCGCCGACGCUCCUGUCGCUGCCCGACGUGCCGCUAGUGGAGGUGCUCUCCCACUUGUCGGUGGAGGACCUGGUGCGCGCUGGGCAGGCGAGCCCCAGGCUGGGCGCGCUCACCAGGGCGCACGCGUCGCUGUGGCGCGGGAAAGAGACGUGUGACAGGAGGUACUACUUCGAGGACGCCGCCGCACUGUCGGUGCUGCUGCAGGUGGUGCCACCCGUGUGCACGUUGAGGUUCACCGUGCACCGUUCUCCCAUGAUUGUCGUCCAAUUAGCGAGCUUCACCAGGAAAGCUGAGCUGAAAGCGUUCACCACAUUGGAAGUGGAGGGCUACGACGCGGCGUGCUGCGUCAGGUUAAUCCAGAGGGUUAAUAAUCCUCGACUGGAGGUCCUGGAGGUUUCGGGUUUUGAUCGGGACCUGGAGGUGCUCCUCCGUGGCUUACGGUUCGCCCGCUGCCUACGAGGACUCAGGGUUGACUUGGAAUCCUAUUUCCUUAGAUGUGGCCUGCUCAGCUGGUCCCAGAUGGAUGUGUUGCCUAGGCUGCGCUACGUGUCCUUUGCUAGCACUGGUGAAUACUUCGACGGCUCUUGUCAGCGGGGACCUGACCACACCUUACUCCAAGCCCUACAGUCGCUGCUGCUGGCGCACAAUCGAACGAUUCGAUUCUUGCAAUUGAAGUCAUCGCACUUGCUGCCGCUGCUGCCGCUCCUGGACUGCCCCGGCGGGCUCGAACGGCUGCGCGUGUUGGUGACGGUACCCGUCAUCCCGGCCGUGGCGCUGCAGCCAAUGCGCGGUCUUAAGGACCUCAGGAUCGAGAUCACCUACGACGGGACGCACCAAGCCCAGAUUGUCUCGCUGCUGGAGUCGUGCAAGGGCUCGCUGGAACGCCUCGACAUCAGAAACUGCCGAGCCCAGGCGGUGCGCGCCCUGGCUGACGUGCGGCUCGCCGGCCUGAAGCACCUGGGGCUCGGCUUUGGCUUCACGGCGUUGCGCCUGGAGCCGGACGCUCUGCAGGCGGCUCUGGCGCGACUGCCCGCCCUCCACUCCCUCCACAUCAUGGAGCAGCGGACGCCGCCGCCGCCCGAGGCGCUCGCCUGCAUCCCCGCUCAGGCCAUCCCGGCGCUCAGCCUCGUGUUCUUCACGGACAGCUUCAGGGCCGACCAGGACGCCGAACCUCGGUCUCACUACGAGGGCUUUGCACAGUGCCAGGCCCUGGUGCGCCGAUCCCCAAUGCCGCUCCAUGUUGUCGCAAAGCUGACCUGGUAUCGAAACUGGUUUGAAAACACUGUGGGUCAUUCUGGCCGUAGGUGCAUUCUCUUCUUCAAGCACUCCACCUCGGCCGGACUCGAUGCGGCGCCGUGUAAACUGUGCACGGAAGCCGAAGCUGCUGUAAAUUAUUACCGCCUCAACGCAAAAAUUGACGAUCGUGUUGAAGUGCACUAAAAUAACAUUCAGAACAUAGUUCUAGUUUCUUGCAUCAAGAUCUACUUUGUAUUUUUAUAACAUAUAGACAUUGUGUGGUGAAUCAAAACAAUAGUAACAUCUGGCUUCA